UCUACAGCACGCUCAGCCUUUGGUUGACUUCUCUCAAGAACUUUUACAGCUCAGUCAAACUUUGCAUCUUUUUGAUCGACUUGCUUUCCCAACGUAAUUAUUAUCUUUAAAGCUACGAGAACAGAAAAUGCUGCCUGCAACCUUCAAACUGUGUGCUGGCAUCUCUUAUCUGCACACGAGGAACAUGACAGGUUUGAGGAAGAAUGCCAUGGUGGCCAUUCACCAUGAGCUGAACCGACUGGCAGGUCCCGGCCCGAGCAACUGGAUCAGCCAAGUCCGCCGACGAAGCUCCCUCCUCAGUUCUCGGAUUAUAGAGGAGGAGGGCUACAGCGAGGAGGAGAUGUCUUAUUUGAAACAAGGUGAGGAUGCACUGCAGAAAGCCAUCAGCAUCCUUAGCCAACAGGAUGGCUGGACCAUUGAAACGGUCGCAGCAAACGGAGACAAAGUCCUGAGUAAAGUGUUGCCUGACAUUGGGAAGGUGUUCAAGCUGGAGGUGAUGUUGGAGCAACACCCUGACAAUCUGUACCAGGAGCUGGUGGGAAAUAUGGAGCAAAUGGGGGAGUGGAACCCUAACGUCAAACAGGUUAAGAUCCUUCAAAAGAUCGGCCAGGACACAAUGGUUACCCAUGAGGUCGCUGCAGAGACCCCUGGAAAUGUGGUGGGGCCGAGGGACUUUGUCAGCGUCCGCUGUGCCAAGCGCCGUGGCUCCUCCUGCUUCCUGGCAGGAAUGUCCACUCAGCACGCGAAAAUGCCCGAGCAGAGGGGGGUGGUGAGAGCGGAGAAUGGACCCACCUGUAUAGUCAUGAAGCCCUGUGUUGAAGACCCAAAUAAGACCAAGUUCACCUGGUUACUCAGCAUAGAUCUAAAGGGCUGGAUCCCGAAGACGAUCAUAAACAAGGUGCUCUCUCAGACGCAGGUGGACUUUGCCAAUCACCUCCGGCAACGGAUGGCUAAUAACGUUUCUAUGGAGAUGGCUCAUGCCUGCUGACACAAAGCGCCUCUUGAGCUUUGGCACAGUGCGCUCAACAGUGGCAGAGGAGCAACCCCUGCUCAUUAAAAAAUCAUAGAAAUCUGCUCUCAACUGCUGUACCACUACGCAAAUCCAGAAUGUAUCAAAGGAGAUUGGAUGAAGAUGAUGCUUGUCUGAGAUCUUAGGAAAAUAUGUUGGUUUCAAUUGGAAAUUGUGUUUUUCAUACCCUUCUUAAUAGAUAAUCUGUCAAAAACGUGUGCAGUGAAAUGUUGAACAAACGGCACAUUGUUUCCAUCUAAUAACCCCCCCACUUGUUGCCCUUCCUCUGCUGAGAAAUUGCACCUUUAUUUUACUGUUUUAUUUAUUGAUGUUGCGCUGAUGCCAUUACAAUGACCGCAAAGAAAAUAAAUAAUUGCAAAGUCA